ACUUUACUCUGGUGAAAAGCAUGUAAUGUGCCUCCGACGAUUAAUACUGACAACUGGGAAUUCUUGGAGGCAACCUUAAAGUCGAAGUAAUCGCCGAAGUCAUGGGAGUUGUCUGUUGAAUUCAACUUUGUGUCUAGCUCAUUAAAAAGCUAGCAAACUCGCUAGCUACUCAAAAAAGGUAGCUACUCGGCUAGCCAAUUGUUAGUUGCCAUAGUUUCGCUGAUAGAGAAAAGCGUGUAAAGCAAGGAGUUGUUCGUACUUGUAUCAAAGAGGGACGGCUGUCAGACGAAACCAUAAGCCUCCUCACGAUUAAGUUGGUUCCAGUCUAACCGUAAGUUGCCACCUGGACACGAAAAAAUGGCCCAUUCGCCGGUAGCCGUGCAAGUUCCUGGAAUGCAGAACACCAGGGUUGAUCCCGAGGAGCUGUUCACGAAGCUGGAGCGCAUCGGCAAGGGUUCGUUCGGCGAGGUGUUCAAGGGCAUCGACCACCGCACGCAGAGCGUGGUGGCCAUCAAAACCAUCGACCUGGAGGAGGCCGAGGACGAGAUCGAAGACAUCCAACAGGAGAUCACUGUCCUCAGCCAGUGUGACAGCCCCCAUGUCACCAAGUACUACGGCUCUUAUCUAAAGGGAUCCAAACUAUGGAUCAUAAUGGAGUACCUUGGGGGAGGCUCCGCUCUGGACUUGCUGCGGGCAGGCCCCUUUGAUGAGUAUCAGAUUGCCACCAUGCUCAAGGAAAUCCUCAAAGGGCUGGACUACCUGCACUCCGAGAAGAAGAUACACCGAGACAUUAAAGCGGCUAAUGUGCUCCUGUCAGAGUCAGGGGAAGUGAAGCUGGCAGACUUCGGAGUGGCCGGACAGCUGACGGACACGCAGAUCAAAAGGGAGACAUUCGUGGGAACGCCGUUUUGGAUGGCACCCGAGGUCAUUCAGCAGUCAGCAUACGACUCCAAGGCGGAUAUCUGGUCCCUGGGGAUCACGGCGAUCGAACUGGCCAAGGGAGAACCCCCCAACUCAGACAUGCACCCCAUGAAGGUCCUCUUCCACAUCCCCAAAAACACCCCUCCCACCCUCAACGGAGACUUCUCCAAGACCUUCAAAGAGUUCGUGGACUCCUGCUUGAACAAAGACCCUACGUUUAGGCCCACGGCUAAAGAGCUGCUGAAACACAAAUUCAUCGUGAAGCACGCCAAGAAAACGUCCUACCUCACCGAGCUCAUCGACAGGCUGAAACGCUGGAAGGCCGAGGGUCACAGCGACGGAGAGUCCAGCUCGGACUCCGACUCGGAAUCUAGCAGCAAGGAUAGUGACUCCUCUCCGGAAUGGUCUUUCACGACAGUCCGCAAGAAGCCGGAGAAGAAGCAGCCCAACGGAGUGGACCAAGACCUGCAGAAGAGGUCGGUCAGCCUGACCACGGUCGUGAGUCCGGUCUUCUCUGAGUUAAAACAGCAGCACAGGGCUGGGGAGGAGAGGAGGUGCGGCCUUGAGGAACUGGAGCGGAGUGUGAAUACAGCUGAAGAUCUGUGCCCAGGAAUCACAGACAAAAUGAUCAACCACAUCCUGGAGAGAGUGCAGAGGUUCUCUGUGAGUUAGUGAUGUGAGACUGAAGAUGGAGAUCAGAUUAGGUGAAGGAGCUGGAGGUCAGAAAACACAGCAACGCAUGGGCCUUCUGAUCACCACACUUUUGGAUACACACACGCACACAC